AUGAUAAUUAUUGUUUUAGGAAUCAGCUUAGCAUACCUACUGAAGAGCAAAAGGGAGCCAGAUCACGAUCAACAACAUCCGUCGAGAAGUUCGAACUUCUCUUUCAGCUCUGAUGGUUCUGGGAAGAAGAUCUUGAGUCCCAAUCUGGAACCAAAGCUCUGCAGCAAUUCUCUCAUCAAAGCCAACUACGUUCACUUGUCAGUAUCCAGUUCGGAAAACAAAAAGACUUCUGACGCGUCGUCUUCUUCGGUGUCUACGUUAGUGGAUCGAAUCCUUCAUUCCAAACUACGAAAGAGGAACAGAUUGCCUCAUUUUUCCUUGAAGAGGAAAAAGACGUUCUGGUGUAAAAUAUCCAAGCUCGUUCACAGGAGACAGAAAAAAAAUGUGCUUCCAGCUCAGAAUUCUUCGGAGGUUGAAAACGGCGAAGAUAGUGCAAAAAGCAAAAGCUGUGAUGUUGUCUUGAAGCCGGAAAAUUUAGCGCUUCAAUUGCCGAAGCGUUCUAUGCCGGAAGCUCAAGCAACCAAGCAAACAGAGACACGAAGGACUAGCUGGCAGCCUUCAAAGCCAUCAGUUAGCAACUGGAACAGGAGCGAACUUUUCAGUAGUUCCAUAGAAAAAAUGGCGAAGCAGCCUAGCCACAGGCGAAAGACUCUUUGUGAUGGGAUGUUGCUCAGUAGCAGUUUUGCUCAAGAGAAGCUGUCCAACGUUCAUCAAAAAGUGCCGGGCAUUCUCAUGACUGGCUCUGGACUCAACGCGCGAAGUAUUUCACCCGACAUAUCACCCAUGUCUUCAAAUUAUUCACUAACGCCGUCCACAUCUGAAGAUGAAGAAGUUUACCAAGAAGAAUCAUCAAAGCCCAACAAAACAUCUCAUGUCCAAAACAACCCCCAAGAACAAACUUUUGAUCAAGUGCCCAUGCUCUCACCGUUUUCAGGAAGCAUCAAAGAUUUCGUUGCGAAAAUAGUUGAAGAUUUUAAAUCCACAAUGGAUACAUAUAUCGUAGAAAGUCAAAAAGAUAUGUGCCUCAGAAUUCUAGACCUCGAAGAAGAAAUUCGACAAAAAGACGCCACCAUUAAAGGCCUUCAACAACAAUGUGCUAAAAAGUUUGGUAAAAACUUCCUGGCGGAGGAAGAAUUGCCCAUUUCUAAACCCGAAGAAAUUACUCAGCCGAUUUCUUCAACUGUUGAGAAGACACGGGAAUCGGUUUCGUGCAGCAUUGAUAUCACUUCACCAACCCAUCCAGUAAAUGAUGUGCAGUUUGAAGAAGAAGAUUUAUGGCUAGUUGAAUUUCCACAAAAUGCUCCGAUACCCUUAGGAGGGCGAAGACAAAAGCUUCGAAGACAUUCCAGCGUGGAAGUUGGCCACGAACUUCCCUUCCGCCUGGCAGCGCAGAAACCUCCUAACUUGUUCUUGACACCGACAGGCCCCAGCGAUGGUCUCAAGUCUCCAAGAAGAUUCAGUGAAUCUCAAGCAAGGCCUGAUGUGGUACCAUUGAACACUUCAUUUGCAGCCAGAGUUCGGCGCGUGUUUGCCAAAGUGAAAGCUAAUCGUGCUUUGGAAGAGCAGUCUUCAGCCGAGUCCUCCUCACCCCCUAUCACCUUCAAAUGGCCCAUUCUAUCUUCAAAUAAAACAGAAACCAAAGCAAGUGCUCGACGUUCCAGCACCGGUUCCAGCAACCUGGACAAACAAGUGCGUCUGCAGUCGCUGCUUCAGCAGCGAACGACCCCUUCAGCGUGUUCCACGAGAUUCCAAAACGUCCAGAAUGCACCAACCGAAGUGGCGAUGCGACACGGCAGCGACGGCAAGCCUGUAAUGAAGAGGUUCCUGCCUACCAUUACGGAGUCUUGCAGUUUCGACAGUUUGCGCGAGUCGCCAUUGUUGGCCCAGACAACCCCACCUCCCGUAGUUAGUAUGCCGAAUUUGGACGACAAGAAAGCUUACAAGGAUUCUGUGGUGAUUGAUAUGACGACGGAAAGAAGCCUUUUUUCAUGA